UGCUGGUGGAAGAACCGUUCCAUCGCAUAUAAAGUCACCACGUUAUCGUCGCAUUGAUCGUGAACCAUCGAAUCGACAUCAAGCUUGCCUUCAAUACGAUCACUCUUCUGAAGAUCCCGAAAUCGACUUCACCAUGUCUCUCGCAAUCAUCGUCCCCAAGGAAUACGGCUAUGUCGUCGCCGUGACCAGCGCGACUUUCUUCGUCGCAUUCUGGCACGGUAUCCGAGGCAGCAUGUAUCGCCGCAACGCCAAGGUCCCAUACCCCAAGCCAUACGCCGACUCCGGUGACCACUCCGCCGCCGAUGCGGAGACCAAGAAGGCCCAGUAUCUGUGGAACUGCGCUCAGCGGGCUCACGGCAACUACCUCGAGGUUCAGCCUUCCGUCGCUCUGUCUCUGCUCAUCUCGGGCGUGCAGUACCCCGUCACCACUGCUGCCUUGGGCUCCGUAUGGAUUGUCGGACGUAUCAUCUACGCUAUUGGAUACACCAGCCCUACUGCUGAGAAGGGCAAGGGCCGUGUUGCUGGCUAUGUCAUUGCCGCUCUGCCUCAACUUGGCCUCUGGGGUCUGUCCGCUUGGUCCGGAAUCAAGCUGGUUCUCUAGAUGGAAGACUCUUCGCCAAAUCCGGAAAUCCGGCCAAGACGGGUUGAUUAAAAAAAGAUUGCAGACAGAAUGUACAAAAGUACAGUAUUUUCAGCAGACCAUGAAUCUCGAUUGAUCCGCGCAGAAAAAACGACGCCGUCAGGCGGCUUGCGCUGCUACGAUGCUCCUGUCCGUUUAUACUUGCCCAAAAUGCUCACAGAUGCCUCUAGACCGCCGUCAUGUUAUGACGAAUUUGAAACCACCUUUGAUUCCUCUGGUCAUGUUUCCUCUUCGAAAUGACCGGAUUGAGGCCACACC